UUUGGGCUCGCAAAGUUUGAUAAUUCCAAUAAGCAGAGCCAAUGGAAUACUGCUUCAUUCCACGUUUUUAAAGGGUCUCUGCCACCAUCACCACAUAAAUUUCUCAGUCGUUAAUGGCUUCUCCUUAUUAUUUGCAACCUUAAUAAUCAUCUAUUUUCUUCUCUCCCAACUUUUGUACCCAAUUAGAGUUUUCUCUUCAAUUCAUUGUGUUUUUGCUCUUCAAACUCCUCCAAGGAAACUUGGGUGUGUAGAAACUUAAUUCAUUCCACAAUCCCUUCAUUUUUAAUCUUCCAGUUCCACCCUUUUUUUAUUUUUGUAUUUCCUUUGGAGUGAUGGAUCCGGCGGAGUUGCGCCGGGUUUUCCAGAUGUUCGAUAAGAACGGAGACGGGAAGAUCACAAAGAAGGAACUAAAUGAUUCGCUACAGAACUUGGGUAUCUAUAUUCCUGAUAAAGACUUGAUCCAGAUGAUCGAGAAGAUAGACGUGAACGGGGACGGGUAUGUGGACAUCGAUGAAUUCGGGGCGUUGUAUCAAACGAUAAUGGACGAAAGGGACGAAGAAGAGGACAUGAGGGAAGCAUUCAACGUGUUUGAUCAGAAUGGAGAUGGGUUUAUCACAGUUGAGGAAUUAAGGUCUGUUUUGGCUUCCUUGGGGCUGAAGCAAGGAAGAACGAUAGAGGAUUGUAAGAAGAUGAUAAACAAGGUUGACGUUGAUGGAGAUGGAAUGGUUAACUUCAAGGAGUUUAGACAGAUGAUGAAAGGUGGUGGAUUUGCUGCCCUGAGUUCUAAAUAGCAGAGAGAAUGAAUUAAGUAACUGUGUACUUGUUUGUAAUAUAUACAUACAACUCUUGUUUUUGUAUUUUUGGUAUAAUAGAUUUGGAGGUGAUACCAAAAGAAAUGAUUAUUUGGAGUAUGAAACCUCCUCUUGUAAA